AUGGCAACCCCAUCUUCAAUCCUUAAAAACCACUCACUAGAUCUAUCCCCAUACGAAGACCUCUACAAGCACUUCCACGCGAACCCCGAACUCUCCCUCCAAGAAGAAGCAACCUCCAAAAAGAUAGCAUCUCAACUCUCAAACCUCAACUGCUAUGAAAUCCACACAAACAUAGGUGGCCACGGCCUAGUCGGCGUCCUAAAAAAUGGCCCGGGAAAAACAGUUCUGCUUCGCGCAGAUAUGGACGCUCUCCCCGUGAAAGAACUCACCGGCCUCCCCUACGCCAGCACCGUAACGAUGCGCGACGCAGACGGCAUCGAGAAACCCGUCAUGCACGCCUGCGGCCACGAUAUGCACAUCACCUGUCUACUCGCCGCGGCCGAGACGCUGGCGAACACACGGGCCGAAUGGAGCGGGACGGUACUUGUUCUCUUCCAGCCGAAUGAAGAGCGGGGUGGGGGUGCGCAAGCCAUGGUUGAUGACGGGCUCUACGAUAAAGUGCCGGUACCCGAUUACUGUUUCGGGCAGCAUGUUAUGCGACUACGGGCUGGGAGUGUUGGAUCUCGACCUGGCACUAUUAUGGCGGCGGCGGAUAGUAUGAAGAUUACUGUGUUUGGGCGUGGAGGACAUGGAUCACUCCCGCAUCAGACCGUGGAUCCGGCGUUGCUGGCUGCGCACAUUGUGGUUAGGUUGCAGGGGAUUGUGAGUCGGGAAGUUGACCCGAGUGAUCUGGGCGUUGUUACGGUGGGUAGUUUGCAGGCGGGGCAGACGGAGAAUAUCAUUGCGGAUCGGGCGGAGAUAGGGUUAGAUUUUAGGACGGUCAAACUGGAGACUAGGCAGAAGAUUAUUGCGGCUGUGAAGAGGAUUGUGGAGGCGGAGUGUAUGGCUAGUGGGUCGCCCAAGCCGCCGGUCUUUGUGCCUACGCGCAGGUUCCCACCAACGGAUAAUGAUAGGGAGGUGGCGGGGAGGUUGGCCGAAGCGUUUGGGGGGCAUUUUGGAGAUUUUGAUGCUGAUACGCCGAGAACUAAUGUCAGUGAGGACUUUUCCACGCUUGGGACUUGUAGGGGAAUUCCGUGUGGAUUUUGGUUUAUUGGAGGAAUUGAUGCGGAGCUUUGGGAUAGGGUGCAUGGUCAGGAGAACCCGACUGAGGAGAUUGCGGGGAAUCACUCGGCGCUUUUUGCUCCUGUUAUUCAGCCGACCAUGAGGUCAGGGGUGGAUGCGCUUUGCCUUGCUGCUUUGACGUUUUUGAAAUAA